AAGGGUACCGACCGCCCCCUUUUCCGCUCCUCCACACGAGCCCACGAAAGCAGCUCAAGAACCACGCUUCGAUCCGUCGUCGGCCCUCCAUCGCCGAUGCCCAUCUCAAUCUGACAUGGAGUAGCAAGCAGACCAAGCAAGCAACCAGCCGAGGAAGCCAAUCCGGUCCUUGCUGCUUUUUCUCUCGGUUGGUUCGGAUCUGUUGCUCUGCUUGUACGGUGAUGGCGCGGCAGCCAAGUCCAACGAUGGAGGGGCGGCUGGGGCUGGCCGGGCUGCCCAUCGGCUUCCGGUUCCGCCCCACCGACGAGGAGCUGCUGCUGCACUACCUCCGCCGCAAAGCGCUCGCCUGCCCCCUCCCCGCCGACAUCAUCCCCGUCGCCGACCUCGCCCGCCUCCACCCAUGGGACCUCGUCCCAGGCGACGCCGACGGGGAGCGCUUCGUCUUCCACCUGCCGGCGACGAGGUGCUGGCGCAGGGGCGGCGGGGCCACCAGGGCGGCCGGCACCGGUGUCUGGAAGGCGUCCGGGAAGGAGAAGCUCGUCGUCUCGCCGCGCUGCAAGCGCCCAGUCGGCGCAAAGCGGACGUUCGUCUUCUGCCACCGUGGCGGCAACGGCAAGCGCACCGAGUGGGCCAUGCACGAGUACCGCCUCCUCCCCGCCGGCCUCCACCUCCACGGCUGCGCCGCCACCAACCCGCCUCCUCCCCAUGUGAGCUGUCGUGAUGCGGCGGCCGAGGCCAACGACUGGGUGGUCUGUCGCAUAUUCAAGAGGACCAAUCCGGCUCGCCGCGGCUCCACGGUGCGGCGCGGAGAAGAUGCAGGGGAGAUGCCCUCAUCGCCGUCGCCGGCGUCGUCGUGCGUGACCGAGACCUCCGAGGCCGGCAACCAGGAGGAGGAAGACGGAGAUAGCAGCAGCUGCAGUGUCGCCUCUAAUUCGCCAUGAGAGGAGAGGAGAGGAGAGGAGACAGGAGAGUAGAGUUAACUAGGCCCUUAAUCAGGGGCGCCAUGUUCUAGUGGAUGCCCUUCUUUGCCCUGCUAAUGUCGUAGAAUCCUCGGUACCUAGCUAGAGAGAAGGAAAGAUCGAGCUCAAACAAAAAAAUAAUCUUGUUCCUUUUGCCAAUUAAUCGUCAUUUCCUCUUGUCUA